GAACCUUACACCUCUACACAGAUUUUGGCCCUCAGCUGACCUAACCACAGCCUAUUCUUGUUUCCCCUUAAUUUACAGGUACCUGCUGAGAUCGAGACAUCCCAUGAUAUGGAUACCACCCUGAGUAUAACCAACAGCUCAAGGUUUCACGUGUCUGAGUUCAUCCUGAUGGGGCUCCCAGGCAUUCAUGAGUGGCAGCACUGGUUUUCCCUGCCACUGGCCCUGCUCUACCUCUUAGCUCUUGGUGCCAAUCUCCUCAUCUUGAUCACCAUCCAACAUGAGCCCACCCUGCACCAGCCCAUGUAUCUAUUCCUUAGUAUCCUGGCGGUAGUGGACAUUGGCCUGGCUACUACCAUCAUGCCCAAAAUCCUGGCCAUUUUAUGGUUUAAUGCCAAGACCAUCAGCCUCCCUGAGUGCUUUACUCAGAUCUAUGCCAUCAACUCUUUCAUGUGCAUGGAGUCAGGCAUCUUCCUCUGCAUGGCUGUGGAUAGAUAUGUAGCCAUUUGCUAUCCCCUUCAGUACCCCUUCAUAGUCACUGAGGCUUUUGUGAUCAAAGUCACAGUGUCUAUGAUACUCAGGAAUAUCCUAUUGACCAUCCCAGUGCCUGUACUGGCUGCCCAGAGACACUACUGCUCCAGGAAUGAGAUUGACCACUGCCUCUGCUCUAACUUGGGGGUCACCAGUCUGGCCUGUGACGACAUCACUAUUAAUAGGUUUUAUCAUUUGGCCUUGGCCUGGGUUGUGGUUGGGAGUGACAUGGGUCUGGUCUUUGCUUCCUAUGCUUUGAUUAUUCGCUCAGUGCUGAGGUUGAAAUCUGCAGAAGCAACAGCUAAGGCCCUGAGUACCUGCAGCUCUCAUCUCAUCCUCAUUCUCUUUUUCUACACAGCCAUUAUUGUGGUGUCUGUCACCCAUCUGGCAGGAAGAAGAUUUCCCUUCAUCCCUGUUCUCCUCAAUGUGCUGCAUAGUGUCAUUCCCCCAGCACUUAAUCCUAUGGUGUAUGCUCUUAGGACCCAGGAACUGAGAGUGGGCUUUCAGAGGGUACUUGGUUUGGGUGAGAAUGUGUCUAGGAGGUAAGCCAACUUUA